GAGCUCGGCGUUGUUCAGGGAGGAGACUGCGAGAGUGCGCUGCUGUCGGCGUGGGACGGGUGCACAGCAACGCUGCUCUGGAAGGUAAACUCCUCAGAUGAAGAAAUGACCACAGUUCUGAGGUUUUUAAGCACGACAGCCAUUUGAUUGUCAGAUUAUCGUAUGACCAUUGUGAAGAGGACGCUGGAGUUUUUGGACUUACGGUUCCCUCAACAGAAGCGCAAGUUGUUGACAGUAUUGCAGCUUAGAGAGAUGGCUUUGCGAGCAAGAGCUCUGUAUGACUUUAAUUCAGAAAACCCAGGAGAGAUAUCGAUGAAAGAGCACGAGAUUGUAACUCUGUACAGCGAGCAGGACAUUGAGGGCUGGCUGGAGGGGACGAACAGCAGAGGGGAGAGAGGGCUCCUGCCUGCGUCCUACGUCGAGUUUUUGAGUAAUGACACCGUCUCGUCUGUUAACCACAACUCUCGAUAUUCCAACAUUCCCGCUGGUGGUUUUGACUUGGGAAAUCAGACUCAAGAGAGCUACAACACUGCACCAGCCUACCCUGCACUACCUCAGCAGCAACAACAUUCAGGGACUCCAGCCAGUGAUGAUGAUUGGGACGAUGACUGGGACGAUCACUCGUCUGUCGCUGAUGAACCAGGGGUUGUUGGUGGAGUGUAUAGGAAUUAUGAAGGAAACAGACCCUCUACCUACAGCAUCUCCACCUCCUCCAUCCCUAGAGGUGCACAACAAGCCAAAAGUUCAGCCACGGUCAGCAGAAAUCUGAACAGGUUCUCCACUUUUGUGAAGUCGGGAGGUGAGGCGUUCGUGCUGGGGGAAGCGGCCGGCUUUGUGAAGGAUGGGGAUAAAAUCUGCGUGGUGAUGGGUCAGUACGGUCCGGAGUGGCAGGAGAACCCGUACCCAUUCGCUUGCACUAUCGAUGACCCCACCAAGCAGACGAAAUUCAAAGGCAUGAAAAGUUACAUUUCCUACAAGCUGACGCCGACCCACACGCAGAACCAGGUCAACAGAAGAUAUAAGCAUUUCGAUUGGCUCUACGACAGAUUGGUGGAGAAGUUUCCUGUCAUUUCAGUGCCUCACAUCCCUGAAAAACAAGCCACCGGUCGCUUCGAAGAAGACUUCAUUUCGAAAAGGAGAAGAGGGCUGAUAUGGUGGAUGAAUCAUAUGACCAGCCACCCUGUACUAGCCCGGUGUGAUGUUUUCCAGCACUUCCUCAUCUGCUCCAGCACGGAUGAAAAGGCUUGGAAGCAAGGGAAGAGAAAAGCAGAGAAGGACGAGAUGGUCGGUGCUAACUUCUUCCUCACCAUCAGCACUCCAGCAGCCCCUCUUGACCUGCAAGACGUCGAAAGCAGGAUUGACGGAUUCAAGGCCUUCACCAAGAAAAUGGACGACAGUGUAAUCCAAGUCAAUGCCACACUCAACGAGUUCGCCAGGAAGCAGAUAGCCGGGUUUAAGAAAGAGUAUCAGAAAGUGGGACAGUCUUUUAAGUGUCUAAGUCAAGCGUUCGAGAUCGACCAGCAGUCGUACUCGGUCGGUUUAAACCAAGCAAUUGCGUACACGGCGGAAGCCUACGAUGCUAUUGGAGACUACUUUGUGGAGCAGCCUAAACAAGAUGUGGACCCAGUGAUGGAUUUGUUAGCCCUGUACCAAGGACACCUUGCCAACUACCCAGAUAUCAUCCAUGUACAGAAAGGUGCUCUGACGAAGGUGAAGGAGAGCCAGAAGCACGUAGAGGAAGGGAAGAUGGAGAUCCAGCAGGCAGACGGGAUCAGGGAACGCUGCAACAUCAUCUCUUUCGCCACGCUGGCUGAGAUCCAGCACUUCCAUCAGACUCGAGUGCGGGACUUCAAGUCCCAGAUGCAACAUUACCUACAGCAGCAGAUCGCCUUCUUCCAGAAGGUCACAGGCAAGCUGGAGGAGGCGCUGCAGAAGUAUGACGAUGCCUAAGUGAACACUGUUCAGAUUAGACUGACAGCAGGCCAGAAUUAGCCAGCCCUUAGCAAUAUACAACAAAACCGAGAGUCUAAUAUUUAUGAAAUCUAUCCCCAUACAAUGAAUGUCCGUUAUGAGGAACUGGAGAUUUUGGGGCAUGUAUAUGGUGAGAUGGCGAUGGUAAUAGUCUAGUUUGGACUGUUUUCCACUGUGAAACUGAUGCUGAAGACCGAGAGCAUGGAAUGCCUUCGAUCCUGCUACUAAUGUCAUUUAAUUUAAAGGUGUUCUUCACACAGAUAAAUGAGAUGUUGAUAUGACUCGGGGAGCUUGUGUGGCUCCUCACUGACACCUUUUAAACACUUUGGACCUUUUUAGCAGUUCUUAGGUCUUUAUAGAUCUUUUAGAGCCGCUGUCGUCACUGUUGUGCCUUUCAAUCUCAUCUCGUUGGUAUUUUUAUAACUGCUUAAAAAGGACUAUAUAUUAUUCUUAUGCUGAGGUUUGUUUUAUACGGUUGGAUUUUAUUAGUUUAUACAAAUUUCCCUCCUGCUUAAAAUGGCAGGACGAAGGAGUAGCUAGCUCAUGUUUGGAGACAAGCGUGGGAGUAGCUAGACACAAUGCCCUAUAAUUUGGUACCCUGUACCCUAUGAUGUUUAGUUUCCAAUGCAAAACAGAAUGUGCAUUUGAGGGAAAACAAUAGUCACCGUCAGAUCACCUGUCGUCACUUUGAAACAAUUGAGCAGGAACCUAAAAAAUGUUUAAACAUGAUAUAAACAGGAAGCACAGCUCUCAGGAUAACAAGAGUUCAUUUUGGACACUUCAGCCUACCAUUUUUUCAAAUAAUGAGAGAUUACUGAAAACUAAUGGUCUCAAAGUGCUCAGAGAAUCCAGUUUAUUUUCUUCUGGAGAUUUUUACUUCCGCUGGUUUAUUCAGUGUAUAUAACCAAUAUUGACACAGUUUCAGUGCAAACAUGAGUUUUGAGCCCAAGGAAGGGGGAAUCUUCUUUACUGGUGUUUAUGCAUGAAAAUAUGUUUUCACGUUGUACAUGAUGAUGAUAAUAAUAAUAAGAGACACUUGUGAUUGUUAAUUAGCAUCAGCAAUAAAGGACAUUCUCAACACUGA